GUGCUAAAUCUCUUUUGCCUCUGUCUAGAACUCGGAGCUCUUCACGCUGACGUAUGGCGCUCUGGUCACCCAGCUGUGCAAGGACUACGAGAAUGACGAGGACGUCAACAAGCAGCUUGACAAAAUGGGUUACAACAUAGGUGUUCGGCUAAUAGAAGACUUUCUGGCCCGGUCCAAUGUUGGAAGAUGCCAUGAUUUCCGUGAAACUGCAGACGUUAUUGCAAAGAUAGCAUUUAAAAUGUACCUGGGCAUCACUCCGAGCAUCACCAACUGGAGUCCUGGAGGCGAUGAGUUCUCCCUGAUCUUGGAAAAUAACCCCUUGGUGGACUUUGUUGAGCUCCCCGACAACCAUUCAUCUCUCAUCUAUUCCAACCUGUUGUGUGGAGUGCUGCGAGGUGCCCUGGAAAUGGUUCAGAUGGCCGUAGAUGUAAAAUUCGUCCAGGACACACUGAAGGGUGACAGCGUCACAGAAAUAAGAAUGAAGUUCAUCAGGCGGAUUGAAGACAAUCUUCCAGCUGGUGAAGAGUGAAUCGCAACCCAGUCUCCCUUUGGGACUGGAGGGGACCAGCUGGUUUUGGCCAUUAGCUUUCGUCGCAGAUCUGUAGGGAUAUAGCACUUUCAUCGCAGAUCUGUAGGGAUCUAGUGCCCCUGUAUGUUCAGACUGACUUACUGACUACUUAAGAUGUUAUUCUUCUACUGUUACUUCCAUCUUCUGUAGAAGACGAUUGUCUGGUUGCUGUUUAUUUCACAGGUUCAUUCUGAAGCUUUUUCAUAAGGUGAUGUCUUUUUCGUAUUCCCCUGGGGACUCUUUCUACGCUCAGUUUCUAAUUGUGACAUUUGUUUGUGCGAGAACUACUGCUCAAGCUCUAGAAGAGCUCCAGUCUGUUCAAAUCUGAAUCCAUGUUUUAUUACCAGAAUUGGAGACCAAGCUAUGAGAGCCCACUGAUUUACUGUUAAAUGCUGUCCUUGAAAAGAGGUGUUUAAAAUUCAUUUGGAGAUAAGCGCAUAGUAUUUCUGUAGACCAAACUGGCUUCCUGCAUUUGAUUCUGAGGUUACUAGUAAAAUGCAAGCUUGAUACGAAGGGGUGAUUUGGGAGGGCCGUUUGAGUGCUGGCACCCGGUCGGGAGGCAUCUUUUGUCAGAGAGCAGCGGCAUCAUGCAGCACCGGCAGAUUCAGGAGGUCCGUGUGGCCUGGGCCCUUCUGCAGUUUCUCUUCCCCAGCAGUCUCACGACUCCCCUCUUGGAAGGGGAGCACCAUUAAGUUGCAGUGGAGCAGCAGUGCAUAUUUUUAAUGGAGAAGAGGAAAGAGUGGCUUAAAUGCCAUCAGCUUUCUACAGUGUGUACAGCCCAGGGGCCGCGUGGCAAGUCCACGGAACGAAAAACAAAGCUCAGUCUAACGACUGGGAGGUAUUAAAUGCAUUUCAGCAAGUAAAGUCUGUUCUCCUGUUACGGUGUAUAAACACUGCCCUGGGUGGAGGUGGUGCUGGGGUAUAUUCUCACAGAUGUUUAGGCUACAACAGAAUUUCCCGAGUUACGUAAAUUGGUAAGCUUCGGCCGUCUGUGGCACCUGCUGUUCUGUAAAAUAAAUACACAAAGUAGUGUUACAUCUCAAAAAGCAAGAUACUGGAAAAUCAACUUCCUCUGCCAUCAGUUCAGCCAGUUAAUGCGGUCAGAUGUUCAGUUCUCAAAUCACUUUACAUAGCAUGAAGGCACAGAUCCACAGAGUCGGUAGCUCUUACUCACUUCCACAGGAGCUGGCGGCUCAGAUACCUUUGUAGGUUUAUGCCUGAGUGUAAGGUGAGAGAGAGAAAGCUGCCGCUUGUGCUGCCGUUCGUUUAGGUUCUCCGGAUGAACGAUGUCCCUUUUUUUUGCCCAAAUGAGUCCCUUUGGUGGGAGGGUUUGGAUGCCCCGUGUGAUGUGUGUCCUGUGAAGGGGCAGCGAGUCGCUGUAAAAGCAGUUGGAGAAUGACACGGAGGAACAGCGGUGGCCGGUGGGUUUCGGAGGCAGAGGUGCUGCACGGUUACGUUGCAGAGAUGAAAAAGAUCUGUCAUUUCUAAUCGUUGACCAUUAUAAGUCAUUUUAAGGCUGCAUUUUAAAAGCAAUUGCAUUAAAAGAAUCCCAGUGUCAAC